GCAAAGGUCGAAUGCUACAGUACGCAGCAGUGUUAAUUGUUCACCCAUUCGCCGGCAAGAGGCCACCACCCCACCAUCGUUAUUCGUUAAUUCGUCACUCAUGGCCUCUCAAGUCUGAACCGAAUCCAACACUAAAUAACGACGACGACGUCGACGUCUCUCUGUCUCUCUCUCUAAAAUCCAAAUUCCGAAAGCUGUGCGUUGGUUGGUGGAUUAUAAUACGUGAAAGUCCGUCACCGGCGCAAGAGCAUGAGACCAUGAGUCUUCCUCUCCUUUGCCUCUUUCCCUUUAUCAGUUAUCAUCGCCAUGACCCAUCGGAGCGCCGACGCUAAAAUGCGCUGGGUUCUCUCUGCUCCUCCCAUCAUUUGUCAUUUCCUCUCUUCUCUUCUUCCCCUUCUAUCUCCUUCCCUUGUCUAGGGUUUUUUCUGGCUUUUCCUCCUCUCGAGUCCCAAUCAAUCCAUGGCGACGAGGCUUUGGCUAACGGGGAUCCUUCUUGUACUGGUUUUUCGGUCGGUGACUUGUGCUGAGAUUCAGCCUCUUAAGGUUCCGUCGUCGUCGUCAUCUGCCGUUUGUCCAUUGGCCUCCGUUGUGGAAUCGAUCUUGCAGUUUCCAGAUUUGUGUUGGGAUCCAAAUUGGCUCUCCAAUGGUGCUUUUGGUGGGAAUUUCGUCAGUGUUAUGGAGGGGGAUGAGAUUUCAUUACAGAAGGCACUGAAUCUUGUUCACAGAAACAGUCAUGAUUAUGUGUCCGUGCUAUUCUAUGCGUCUUGGUGCCCAUUCUCAAGAACUUGUAGGCCGGCCUUCAAUGUUCUGUCAUCCUUAUAUCCUUCCAUCCGCCACUUUGCCGUGGAAGAAUCUGCAAUCAGACCUAGCAUACUAUCAAGGUACGGAGUUCAUGGAUUCCCAACUCUUUUCCUUCUAAAUUCCACUAUGCGGGUGCGUUACCAUGGCUCAAGGACCCUCAGUUCUUUUGUUGCUUUCUACACUGAUGUUACAGGCACUAAGCCUGUGUCAGUACAUAAAAUGUCCACGGGGAAAAGAGGGAACCCAUCAAAUCUCGCUGAAGUCGAAUAUUCUGAGCAGGAAAGCUGCCCAUUCUCAUGGGCUAGAUCUCCAGAGAACAUGCUUCGGCAGGAAAGUUAUUUGGCACUGGCUACAACGUUUGUGCUUCUGAGGUUUCUAUAUUUCCUAUAUCCUACACUGUUGGCAUGUGCUCAGUACAUCUGGAGAAGGCACAUCCACAACACAAAUUUGAUUUGCUUAUGGAAGCCUCCUCUUGCUUACCUUAAUCAAGCGGUGCAGGUAUUUAAUGUGCUGAAGGAACCUUGCAAGAGAAGCAAUUUACAGGGAGGAGCAAUGAAUGCCAGGGUGUGGGCUUCCAAGUCGCUAGCCUCAGUUUCUAUUGGUGAUGCAAGCUCUAGCAGGGGGUACUCUGGAAACGAAAGGUGACGAGGAUCCCGUGACUUCUGGCAGUAGAACAAAAUGGUCAAGGUUCAUACGGAUGGGUUUGGUCUACCAUAUUUGCAAUGUUGCUGAGGUUAUCUUGCUCCAGGGUGGAAGUUUAGAGACCCUUUUGGGGUUUAAAUUUCAAUUGGGGUUGGUAGUUGGUCUUGAUCCUCCUUACCCUGGGGAAUGCCAUGUAUCUAUAGCAGCUGUAGUGACUCAGUUUCUAACAUUUGUUGAUAUAAAUCUGGUUACAUUUAUUAGUAUACAUGGAAGCUCUUUGCUUUCUCUCGA